UUCCCCCUGACCCACCCGGUGACCCCCUCUCCCCUGUCACAGGAGCCGGGAGGAGCGGGGGCGCUGAGCGAGGGAACGAGCCAGAGAGAGACCCGGGGGGGCUGCAGCUGAGACCCCCCAGCAUGGCAGCAGCAGGUUACCCCCAGGCUACUUACCCCUCCGCCCCGUACCCUAGUCCUCACCCCGCCCCCCCAGUCCCCACCCCAGGAUUCAACAUCUACCCCUCCAAUCCGGGUGUGGGGCAGUUGGUCCAGCCCCAGUCCCCGCCCCAGGCAUACGGGGACCCCGCAGCUCAACAGCCCCAUUCGUCCAUCACGCCCUAUCUGCCCGUGUCCACCGGCAUCCCUCCGGGGCUGGAGUAUCUAAUGCAGAUUGACCAGGUUCUGAUCCAGCAGAAAGUGGAGCUGGUGGAAGCCUUCAUCGGCUUCGAGACGGCCAACAAGUACGAGCUGCGGGACGGGCUGGGCCGGCGGCUCUUUGAGGCCGAGGAGCAGAGCGACUGCUGCACCCGCAACUGCUGCGGGUCCCUGCGGCGCCUCCGGCUGAACGUGGCUGAGCCGGGGGGCCGCCCCGUGCUGCGCCUCCUGCGCCCCAUCAAGUGCACCACCUGCUGGUGCCCCUGCUGCCUGCAGGAGCUGGAGGUGCAGUGCCCCCCGGGCACCACCAUCGGGCAUGUGGUGCAGACCUGGCAUCCCUUCACCCCCAAGUUCUCCGUCCAGAACGCCGAGAAGCAGACGGUGCUGCGGGUGCUCGGGCCCUGCUGCGUCUUUCGCUGCGGGGGGGACAUCAACUUUGAGGUGAAGACGAGCAACGAGUCGCGAGGUGUGGGCCGGAUCAGUAAGCAGUGGGGGGGGCUGCUGAAGGAGGUCUUCACCGACACCGACGUCUUCGGCAUCCAGUUCCCCGUGGAUCUGGACGUCAAGAUGAAGGCCGUGCUGCUGGGGGCCUGCUUCCUCAUCGAUUACAUGUUCUUCGAGAAAUCAGGCACUACCAGCCAGAGGAGCACGGUGCUGAGCAGCUAGAGGCGUCUGGACCCCCGCACCUCCCACACGCUGCCACUUACGGGGACCCCCAUCCCAUCGCUGACACCGACAGGGGUCCCCCUAUCCCAUCACUGACACCAACGAGGGGUUUUUAUGAAUAGGACAGUGUGUUUAUGGCCGUCAAGGCUGGCGUGGGUGUCAGGGCACUGAGAUUGUUUGCAGAGGUGACAAGGAGGCCUGUGGGUGUGGAUGUGUCCCGUGCCAUGGGGCUUGGUGGACAGUGUUGUGUGCACAGCACGACGGGGGCUCUUUUGGUUGUAUCUGAAGAACAUUAAGCCCUGUGUCUUCUCCCACCAAGGCAUCUUUAGGACCUUCACCCAGACAGGAAACUCUGACCUCCAUUGGCUGCCAGAUUCCUGGGGUCUUCAUAUCUCCUGCCCCCCACCAUGCUGGGAGUCCCUCCCUGUUGGCUGGGGCGGGGGGGUCACUUCAACACCGAACUGGUAGUGGCAACAUCCCGAAGCCAAAUCUCUGCCUAAUGAUAUUUCUCAUUUUCUGUAUUUUGUGUAUUUAUCGCUUAUAACAAAGUGGCUUGCGCUGAACCUUAAAAGGGGGCUUUGUGGGGGGAGCAACAUGGUGCUUUUUAAUAGGGUUCCCCCCCUACCCCACCCCGGUUCCCUUGAAUUCCUGAUGCUGACGGAGGGACAUCAAACCAUGGUGGAGGAAUGGUAGGAGCUGUGGCCAGCGUGAAGUCAUGCCAACCCACGGUGGAGUCAUGUGGGCCAUGAUGGAUGGAAACCAACCCAAGCUGGAGGACCGUUGGCUAAGAUAGUCACGCCAAUCGUGGAGGCACGUUGACCAAGAUGGAGUCAAGCCAACCCCAGAUGGAGACUUAUUGGCCAACGCGUGUUGGCCAAUCUUGGGGCACUCUACUGUGUCUUACUUUUGUGGGGAGAGCGGAGGGGGAGGAGACUGGAGAGAAGGUGAGAGGAAGGGGAC